AAAACACGGUUAUGUUAUGGAUGUAAAAAUGUUAUCUACGUAAACAAUUUUAUAUUUUAGCCUGUUUAUUUAUUGUUUUUUUUUUUUUUAAUUUAAAAUGGUUUUAAAGCGAACGAAAGGUUACCAAGACAUAGAUGAAAAUAAUGGAUCUCUUACAGCUACCAGUGCAACCACAGAUACGACCCAUAUACCACAAGAAAUUGAAAUGGGCUCUGUUUCUGUUGUACCUGAUGAUACUUUUACUGUGACACAAGCUGUGAAUGCCUUAGGAUUUGGUUGGUUUCAAGUGAAACUGUCUUUAUGGACUGGGCUUUGCUGGAUGGCUGAUAGUAUGGAGAUGACUAUACUUUCCAUUCUUUCACCUGCUCUACAUUGUGAUUGGCAGAUAUCCAGGUAUCAGCAAGCUUUAACUACUACUGUUGUAUUUUUGGGAAUGAUGUUAUCAUCAACAUUUUGGGGAAACUUAAGUGAUAGAUAUGGCAGAAAACAUGCUUUGACCUUAUGUGCUAUACUCCUUUUUUAUUAUGGAUUGCUAAGUGCGGCAGCACCCAGUUUUAUGUGGAUUUUACUGUUACGAGGACUUGUUGGUUUUGCCAUUGGCUGCACGCCCCAAUCUGUUACUUUGUAUGCUGAAUUUUUACCGACAAAGCAGAGAGCCAAAUGUGUCGUGUUGCUUGAUUGUUUUUGGGCGUUAGGUGCAUGCUUUGAAGUGGCUCUAGCGUUAGUUAUAAUGCCCACGUUAGGCUGGCAUUGGCUUCUAGCUUUGUCCACGGGGCCAUUACUCGCCUUUGCGUUGAUAUGUCCAUGGUUACCAGAAUCUGCAAGGUAUCACGUCGCCAGUGGCCAAACUGACAAAGCCUUAGAAACGUUGGAAAAGAUAGCAAAAGAUAACGGCAAACCCAUGCUGCUGGGUAGAUUAGUCGUUGAUGAUUCGUUUACCUCUUCUUUGCAUCGGGGAAGAUUUAAAGAUUUACUGGUACCUUCCUUGAGGAAGACAUCGCUCUUAUUGUGGUUUAUUUGGAUGGCCUGUGCUUUUUGUUAUUACGGUCUUGUUCUGAUGACGACGGAAUUAUUCGAAACGUCGGCAAGCUUGUGUUCUGCUCGAACAAGGCCGGCUCAGUCAGUAGAUACUUGCGCUGCAGAAUGCAGGGAGCUGCAAACCACUGAUUAUAUGGAUCUAUUGUGGACCACUUUGGCAGAAUUUCCAGGGAUAUUCAUCACAAUUGCGAUUAUAGAGCGGUUUGGGAGGAAGAAAACUAUGGCUGUACAAUUUGUGGCCUAUGCAGUCUGUUGCUGUUUCCUUGUGCUCUGUACUGAAACGCGAGCUUUUCUCACGACAAUGUUAUUUUUUGCAAGAGGCAUCAUAGCUGGCGUUUUUCAAGCCGCUUAUGUCUAUACACCAGAAGUUUACCCGACGUCUUUACGUGCCGUUGGUGUGGGAUCUUGUAGCGCGAUGGCUAGAUUGGGGGCUAUGGUUACACCGUACGUAGCUCAGGUGUUGUUAAAAUCGUCAAUUUCGUUUUCAACAACGAUAUACUCCACAGCAGCCAUAUUGGCCGCUAUAGCUUGUCUUCUACUACCGAUCGAAACUAGAGGCAAGGAAUUGACAGAAAACGUGCAACAACAAGCGAGUUCCGUGUCAAAUAAUCAGUGAUAUUUAAAAAAGACUAAAUAGCAAGUGUGUAACAGGUUAUUUAUCAAAAAGUUUUUUGUUGGUAUAAAUUACCAGGAUUCUUCAUAAAAUAAUGGCACAAAUUAAAACGUAUUCCACUCAAGUAUGGCUUAAAAUGCAAAAAAAUGUUUUAAGUAAAAGGUAUCGCUUGUAGGGAGCUAGUUCAACGAGUUCUGUCUAAAUUUGGCGUUUCGGUAGAUGUAGCGAAAAGCGUUGUUGGCUUUCUUCCAUUUCCUUUGACAUCAUGCCUUUAUUGUAUUCUGGGGGUAAGACUGAAUUUAUUGUUGACCCUGAUCGACGUAAACUCUUACAGCACAGCCGUUAUUUACUCUAAAACAUAUACGCCAUCAUUUUUCCAAAUUAGAUUGUUAUUUUUCCUCGAAUUGCGUCUAAAGGAACUAGAUGGCUAAAUUAGAGCCCGCCCAUUCGUUAAUUCCGGACCCAUCUGUGAACCAGAUGAACCUAUUCUAUCGAAGCUUCGCUGGUUCUGAUUACGCCCGCGUCUCACGCUUUGGAAAGUGCAUGGUGAAGAUAACGAGAACUUAAAUAAAGGACUCACAUAAUUUUAAUUAAAUAUGAUUUAUAUUUGACAUUUGGAAUUCAAUUAAAUAUAGAUGGUGACAUAGAAAUGCCACAAGAAACUAAUUUCGAUGAAUAUGAACGACGCACACCACUGACUAGAUUACUGGUUUGGCUUGAGUGUGGUUUAGUGUAUCCUCAUUUCGUCGCCAGCGAUAAUAUAAUCCCAAAAUUCUUCUCAUUUCUCUUUUUACUGCUAAAAAAUUUUGCUAACUCUUUCAAGGAGUUCUUUGUGCAUUUUGGCAACCAUUCUUACACACACCUUGUGAUAUUGCAACUGUUCUAUCAAAAUCUUCUCAAUUCCACGGAAAUUAAUAUUAGAAAUCAUCUAUCUAACUCGUGAAUAGUCUAUCGUUGAGUAUAAUACUAAGCUGUCAACUAAUGUAAUUAUUUCGUCCGAAACAGAACACGUGGAUAUCUUUAUUUUGGUUUUUGAAUCAUCUGCAUCAUUUUCGCACGUUUUUGAUGUCCUUAUACUUCGUAUAAUUUUGGCAUGAGUUUGUAUAUCCCUUAUUUCGCUUAAAUACAAAAACUGCAAAUUUUACUGAACCCAAUUAAGAUCGUACUAAAACUAUGAGUGGGAUCUACGUUACAAACCGUUAACAAGUCAAGGCUCAAGAGUCGUAAAUCUUUCUAAAUAUUUCCUGAAAGUUUUUUUUUCGCUUUUCAGAGACUAUUUUAUGAAAAACCUGUUAGUUUGAUUUUUACCGUAUAAGUUGAAAUGAAGAGCAUACUUUUAAAUAAUAUUCAGCAAAUAUCUUGUUCUACACUUGCUAGAGUAAAUAAAUCUUUAGGGCAAGCAUAUUCAAGUAAAUAUAUUUCAGUAGGUACCACUAUUUAAAAAGAAGAUUGAUUGGUAGUUCAAGUGGUUGGCGGUGAAUCUAUCAGUUAAAAAUCACUGAUUUUAUUGACUCCUAACGUCACAGUUUUUUAAGUUAGCUUCCAAAAUUCCGUCAUGAAACUAUUUUCGCUGUGCUUGUAAUCAGUUAAUUUCAAUUUUUAGUUCAACUGAAUUUUGUACUACUGAAUAUGCAAAUCGAUGUAUUUUUCAUAUUCAUGCGCGUGAAAAUACAAUUUUCGAUUUGCGAUGUUUGUGAUUUUCGAUUUACGAUUUUUUACUAAUCUCAUAUUCCUAUCAGAAGCUGGUUGUGGACGAUCCGGACUUUUACCUUUUUUAUCUAAGAUAUUUCUCAUGAUGCUUACUUAUAUUCAACACUGUAGUUUUGGGAAUAUUAAUUUCAUCUGCCACUUUUUUGAGAUUUUUUUAUUGCGGCAAUAAUUUUUAAUCACAAUUUUAUUAAAAUAAUACGCGAUUUACCCAAUUUCAUGAGAUAUUAAUUGUAGAAUAUAAUUUUACAUAUGUUGCGAGUGUUCGAUUGCACUGUUUUCACAGCCUAAUUAUCUUAUCUUGUGUGGUCUUUAGCAGUUACUUCAUACUGUCCCAUUAUUCAGUUUUCACUAGUUUUUACAGACUUUAAUUAUCCUUAUGCCAUUAAUAGGUUAUGUGGGUUGUAUAAAACAAUAUUAAUUACGUUUUGUAAUUAUAUAAUAUAUAUCACUUAAAAUAUUGCGUACUUAGCAGUAUGAUCAUAACUUAAUUAAUAGUUAAACGCCUAAAUUUUUUAUAUAUUUUAAUUUGUCCCAUUAUAUAUUUAUUAGGGCUCCUACAAUUUUUGUAAAUUACUAUUUACGAUUUUAGUGAUUUUCUUUUUAUAAUUUUUUAUUUACAAUCGAUUUAAGAUUUUUGUGAUUUUCGAUUUACGCUUUUUUCGUUUUUCAAUUUACGAUUUUCGUGUGUAAAAGUGUAAAAUUUUAAAUUGGUAUUUCUGGACUCACAGCAUCACCACCAUGAUGUUUUGUAUUCAACAACAUAUUAAGAACAAAUCAGAGCAUCUGAGAUCACUAACUGAUCCAAUCUCCCUAAAUUUAUUUAUUUAUCCCUUCGAAAUUGAUUAUUAAUUGAACAAUUUUAUAAUGCCUGAAACUGUCAGAUACACGCUGUCAGUUGCCAGUGGUUUAUCCAUCGAGACAAAAAAAGACAAAAGAGGGAAUGUAAAGGUAGUGGGGACAAAAAUAUUGUUAUAAAGACAGGAAGUGCUAUCUUGAGAGGCUACUUUAAACAAGAAAAGACAGUCUCUUUCCUUGUUUAAGAAAUCAAAUUUAGUUUGGUUAUGUUAUUGUUUGUCCCAUCGAGCAAAAAGACAAAAGAGGGAAUGUAAAGGUAGUGGGGGCAAAAAUAUUGUUAGACAGGAAGUGCGAUCUUUAGAGGCCAUAUUAAACAAGGAAAGAGAGUCUCUCUCCUUGUUUGACAUCAAAUUUAGUUGGGUUAUGUUAUUGUUUGUCCCAAAUGUCACAUGAAAUCUUAUUUAUAUUGAAGUUUUUUAACAAUUGUGUCGCAUUUUAGACUAUUAUUGUUAAUAAUUAAUUAAAACUUUCUCGUCUAAGACAUAUUCUGAAAAAUAUUAUAUAGCUACUGUUAAUAAGUGUAGAAAAAUUUAAAUUUGACGCAUUCGCAUUUCCGGAUAUGUCCGCCAUCAGAGGCCACUUUUUUGGUCUCCUUUUCAUAAGGAUUAGAUUCCCUCUUUUGUCUUUUUGCUCGAUGGUUUGUCCCAACUGUCACAUGAAAUUUUAUUUAUAUUGAAGUUUUUUACCAAUUGUGUCACUUUUUAGACUAUUAUCGUUAAUGUUUCAUUAAAACUUUCUCGUCUGAAAAAGAUUUUAUAGCUAUUGUUAAUAAGUGUAGGAAAAUUUAAAUUUAGCGUCUUUGCAUUUCCGGAUAUAUCCGCCAUCAGAGGCCACUUUUUUGGUCUCCUUUUCAUAACGAUUAGAUUUUCUCUUUUGUCUUUUUGCUCGAUGGGUUUAUCAAUUUCUAGUUUUGUUCAACAAUGAAAAUAAUUUGUUUGUUAUUUUAGGACUAUAUUUUUUAAUAUCUAGAGAUGCUAGCGGUCACCAUUAUUAUUUUUGAAGCUGUCAAUAUUGUAACAGCUUAAUGGUGCAAAAUUUUGAAUAUGGCGUGGAUUUUGAAUAAUUUUAUAUAUGAAUGCAGAAUGAUAAAAAACAAUGGAUAAUAAAUCAAAAGCUAAAUGUUCAUGACUGAAUAAAUAAAUAUAUUGUACAAAAAACAAUAAAUGACAAGUUAAAAGACUUCUUUUAUUAAAUAGGAAAGAAUAACAUCUUUUAUUAGAUAGGAAAAACAGUGACAAGUCUUAAACUUUGGCAGAAUGCUGGAAGAUAAGAUACCACAGAAAAAUACAGAACCGGAAAAAAAUUAAUUUUAUUUUUACAGACAUGGAUGAAAAAUUUAGUAACUAGAAGUCGAGAUGAACACAUUUGUCUAGUCUCAUAAUUGGUAUACAAGAUGAAAAUGUGUAGUAGGUAUUCACAAUUUAGCUGUGUGAAUCAAUAUAAAUAUAUCAAUAAUUAAAGUUUAAUAAUAUUUUGUAGAACAUGCUUGCCUUAAAACACUAAUUUUAUUCUUCUAUAAGUAUUAUUUUCGUCUUCCAUGUUACUUUUUUAUAUUCUUGAUUUUUCUGUUUUAAUAUCGACAUUUAUGUCUCAUUUCUGAUAUAUUUCCAAUUAUUGGGUCUAUAUCUACUACAAUAUGUGACAUAUAUUCACAAUUUUUUCAGUAGUGUGAUAAAUAAAUCGAUAUAUGUGAAUAUAUGACUUUUAUUCGAAAGUGAAUAAAAUAAAAAGACUUAACACUACUGCCUCAACUUAAAAAAAAUCGUUCAACGAUUAUACGAAUAUUUGAAACAGUCUAUUUGUUGGAUUUUUGAUCAUUUUAGACAUUAUUCUCCUAAAAAAAAUUACGGCUCCUAAAAUCAUGAAAUUACGCCGUUUAUUCCUAUAAAAUCUAAAAUAUCAAAUAAAAGGCAGUGUGUUAAUUGAUAUAUUAGAUUCAUUUUAAUCAAUUUUAGUACAUUGAACUUAUAUUUCUUGGCAAAAAUGUGCCUUAUAGCGGCUGAUUAUUAUAUUAGUGUUCUAUUUUUUCUUAAGUAAAGUUUCUGUUGUCGUUUUUGUAAACAACAAAAAUAUUUUCCAACGUCUAAAUGCACAUUUCAUUGGUUGGCAUUUCGUAACUGUAACACUGACAUACGUUUGACAUUAACUAUUUUGAUCUUAUUCGUAUAAAUAUGAACGAUAUUUGUUCAAAAAUUCUGCGGACUAGCUGUGUCAUAUAUUGUACCUUUCAACACGAUUCUCGUGUAAUUGUUGAACUGAUACUUAUGCGAUAUUAAUGCUUAAACCAAAGGUACUUAAUUUAUUUAAUGAUUGUAAUAUUUGUAAUUUAUUAAUAAUUAUUUAUAUACAUAUACAUAACUUAUUGUCGGCCUAAAUUUUCUAUAGAAAUGUAUCUAGUUCAGAGAGAUGUUUAUUGAAUAUGUCUUCAUCUUGAUAAUAACACGACUUUGGGUUUUCUAUUCUAUACACCUAUAGAUAUGCAACCAGCAUUACACCAUUAAUUGAUAUAAGGCUGCUGGAAGUCUUCCGGACCGAUUUUUUUAACGGACUCUCAGUGUUGCUUAUCGUAUAAUCACUAGAUAGCUGUCGUCGGACGUCUGACAAAAAAAAAUUGGCUAAUGAAUAUCCACUUCCCCCACCAUGACGGAUACUUUCGGUAUCUAGACGCUAUCAGACGUAUGAUACGUUUUCUGAAAUAUGAUUGUCGUCUAGCUGGAUUUUUUCCUUGAAUUUAUUCAUGGAAAAUAUUGACCCGGAGUUCAUAUUUUAGAUCAAAAAUAGACUGGAAACAAAUCUAGAAAAAUGAUACAAAAAAAAAAACCUCAUUACGGUAUAUCUUAUGUGUAUACACGAUGACAUAUGUCUUAGGUUUCCACUUUUUCAGCUCUAUAUUUAAACGGUCCGUUCCAAUCACCUCUUACGUAUGCAAUGACCAUUACACAAUCAAUACAAUUAAGCAUUUUUUUGGAGUUUUCUAUUUCUCACAGGUCGCAUAGUGAUUUAUCUAUCUUAUGAUACUUGUUUUUUUUUAUAUAGGGUGUCACUUCCUUUCGAUUUUAUGUUUGUAAAUAUUCUACAUAUUGCGUCUUUACAUUCCAUUCAAACUAUUCAUGACUUUUGAUGGUGGUUAAAACUUAAGAAAGCAUCCGUCAUAUGGCAUGUGAUAUACCGUGUAUGUCACGUAUCACUACUGAUUUGAAUUGAAAAGGCUAAACUAAGACCGUUCUAUCGUUUUUUUAUCGAUAUAUUAGGUGUCUGAUGUUAUUAUUGUGAUUCUAAUUCAUUUUAACCUCAAUUAAAAGCAAUGCCAUUAGGAAGAACAUCUUAUACUGUUAAAUCCAAACAGUUUUGGAAGUAUCAUAUCGUAUUUCUGGGUAAUAUACCCCUUUUUCUAUUCACAGUUGCUUUCUACCUGGACUAGAUACGUUUUAGUGUAAUAUGAGAGUGUAUUUUUGAAAAUACAAUACCAUUUUGUGAGACUGUCUGACAUAUUGGUGUUCCACUUGUGAUUAACCGGUGAUGGUAUUAUUUAUUUAUAUUUGUAUAAAGAAUAAAGAUUUGAUACUAACGUAAUAAAUAAAAACAUAAAAUUUUUUAUAAUAUUUUUAGAUGACGAUUGUUUUUAUUAUAUAUAGAAAAGCUUUUAUACUCUUUUUGACUUUGUAUGAAAAUAAAUAAUAUUUAAUAAAUGU